UGAUCUCCCACCUAAUCCCAGCGAUAAUUGCCUUCUGCUCAUUCAUGCAAAACAAAUCGUCAGUCCCCCGAGAAACGGCCGCGGCGGUGCAUGAAUUGCGCAAUGGAACCGGCCGCAUCAUCGACGACACGUACUCGCCGAGAGUCCAGGGUUUGCUGUAGAGGCCUAGGAAGCGAGUCCGCAGGGACUAUUGGGUAGAGAAGCACAAUUAUUUCCAUCCAAUUACUUCUUCCAGAUCCCAAUCCGAUGGCUGUGCUGUGGUCUGUCGUUGCUUCGUUGCUGGGUCGCUGGGCCAGUGCCGAUCAACCCGGCCGACGUCAUCGCCUACCACAGUACAGCACGUCUCCAUAAAACUUUCGAUAGUUCAGACAGCCGCGCGUUACGGUACCAGAAGACCCAGCCCAGCCGUCUUCAUUCUCUCUCUAUCGGUUCUUGUCCAUUCUUCUUCUCUUUCGCCAUUGUGUUCCUCUCUCUCGCCAUUCACGAUGCGGAUCUUCAACCGCCGGAGACGCUCAAACGACGCAUCCUCAACAACAUCCCCUACCGUGACUCCUGACCUCUCGAAAGCACAGCUCAAACGUGCAACGCGGACACGCAAAAUCUUCGCUCUCCUCACCUCGUUCUUCCUCUUCUUGACCGUCAUCUUCCUCAUCCUCGUCGAACUCGGCGGUACCUACAACAAACCAGCCAUCAAGAAUUGGUAUUUCCUCAAGAUCGAUGUCAGCCAUAUCAUCCCCGCUUCGGUGCCCAAUUUCUCUCUGAUCAAUACCAUUGCGCAAACACUGGGAUUGCACGACUUCUAUCAGGUCGGGUUAUGGGGCUUCUGCGAGGGCUAUCUGAACGAGGGUGUGACAUAUUGCUCGCCUCCAAAGACGCUGUAUUGGUUCAAUCCCAUACAGAUUCUCAGCAACGAGUUGUUGGCCGGGGCAUCAAUCAACCUGCCGGCCAAUAUCAAUGACAUCCUCGACCUCAUCAAGCUGGUGUCACAAGUCAUGUUCGGCCUCUUUUUGACCUCCGCCUGCCUCUCCUUCAUCCUCAUGUUCCUUAUGCCUAUCAGCGUCUUCUCUCGCUGGUGGACCCUUCCAAUCGCCAUCCUCGCGCUGCUCAACGCCAUAUUCGUCACCGUCGCGUCCGUCAUAGCAACCGUCAUGUUCGUCAUCUUCCGCAAUGUUAUCGCCGGCGUGGCGGAAAUAAACAUCAGCGCCAAAAUUGGGUCAUACUUGUUUGGCUUCAUGUGGACGGCUAGUGCGUUUGCCAUCUUCGCAUGCCUCAUUCAAACAGGUUUGUGCUGCUGCUGCGCCAGCAGAAGAGAUGUCCGCACCGGCAGGAAGAAGGGCAAUGAGAAGGCAUACCAUACGAAUGGUCGUGACGGGGUGGUUGCAAAUGGAGAGGCUAAUGGCGUACAGGAGAAGUCUGCCGGGAGACGAAGGUUCAGAUUCGGAAAACGGAGCGUCUGAAUUGGCGUUUGAGGUGUUUACAAUUGCAUCCAUCGCAUUCCUCGGGCGCGUGGGCCUCAACGUCCACGCCGGCGAGCAGAGAAAGGUGAUCAGACGGUAUAUGGGUUUUUGAGUUGGUUCAAUCUGCAUUGCGACGGUUCUGGGUGUUUUUUUGCGAAUCGCAUGAACGGACAUCAAGAAAGCACUUCCUAUUUCUAACCGACAAUGAACUUCGAUCAUCAACUCAACGCUAUAUUUCGUGUCGGGGAUGACGUCACCG